UGGUGGAGGAAAGGGGAGGGACACUGGUUAAAGCUCUCUCUCUCUCUCUCAUUCCCUCCAACUGUGGAGAGACAACUCUAGGCACUGCAUGCUAUAAUCACAUUGCUUCUUUAUAAUUUGCUCCUCUUUUCCUACACUGCUGCACUAGAGGAAUAAAAAGAGCAGGAUUCUUUCUUUCUUUCUCUCUUUCUUUCUCUGUCAGCCUUUCUUCUUGAAAUGAAAAGUGGAAGGUGAGUUUGGGGGGGAGGUGAUUUAGGUAGUGGGGAUAAACGUUGCGGCCAGCUGGAGAGAUGGGAAAAUCCAACAGCAAGCUAAAGCCUGAGGUAGUGGAAGAGCUGUGCAGAAAGACUUACUUUACAGAGAAGGAAGUUCAGCAGUGGUAUAAGGGUUUUAUUAAAGACUGCCCCAGUGGUCAGUUGGAUGCAGCUGGUUUUCAGAAGAUCUACAAGCAGUUCUUCCCAUUUGGGGAUCCCACCAAGUUUGCAACCUUUGUCUUCAAUGUAUUUGAUGAGAACAAGGAUGGACGCAUCGAGUUCUCAGAGUUCAUUCAAGCUUUGUCUGUCACAUCUAGAGGAACACUGGAUGAGAAACUCAGAUGGGCCUUUAAACUUUACGAUCUUGAUAAUGAUGGCUACAUAACCCGAGAUGAGAUGCUGAACAUUGUGGAUGCCAUCUACCAGAUGGUGGGGAACACAGUCGAGUUACCUGAGGAGGAAAACACACCAGAGAAAAGAGUUGAUCGCAUCUUUUCUAUGAUGGAUAAGAAUGCAGAUGGGAUGUUGACCCUGCAUGAGUUUCAGGAGGGCUCCAAAGGGGACCCAUCUAUUGUACAGGCACUCUCCCUAUAUGAUGGCCUGGUGUAGGUCCAUCUCAAAGUGACAUUCAGUAAACACUACAAUCCAUUUAUGUCAUUCUGCUGGCACCGUAAGAGGAAACCUGACCUGUCCCAAAAAAUCCUGCAAUCUCUUGGACCUGUGCCCACAAAGGUGCAUUGUGGGUGCUGUUCUGAGAGGAGAUCAGCUGUCAAUCACUCAUCUCCACUGUCACCGGAAAACAAAAAUCUGAUCAAGACAAAGGGAACUCUUGCGGAACUCAUUUGAAAUGAGUGAUGUAAAAGACCCUAAUUAGGUCUGAUGGGUUCAGCGCUCUUUUUAGAAAUGAAAAAGAGACACUGAUACAGACAGUGACUGAAAAAAUAUUUUACGACAUAAGCAUAAGUGUUAUUCAAUAUAUAAAUUAAAUAUUCUAAACAUCAGUUCACUUAAGUUCCUUAUAUUGCUGUGAUUUUUGUCAUAUGUGGUAGGAUGGACCGAGCUGGAUUUUUUUUCUAGCUUUCACUACAUUGCAAACACAAUUAAGUGUUGUACCAUUUCACAGAGCUUCAGCGAGUACUGACAUUAAACAACAAGAUACUGUAUCUGGUUGAAUAUUUAUAAUACCCAUCUAUGUAAAUCAACAAACUUCAACAAUCAGCAAAAAUCAAGAUCAUCAGUGCCUAUAAAAAUCAUGGUUAUUCUUGAGAAUUGAAUGUCAAAGGCUGACAGCCAUUUGCCUCAGAUGAGCAUACGAAGCUGUAUUAUAUUUAUUGAGAAUGUAUCUAUUAACAUGGCCCUGCUUAUUUGUUUGAUCCUUUCUAGCAGCAGUGUCACUGCACAUCAUGUGAUGUAGAAUGCAACUUUUUUACAGUAUUGUGUAUGAACAUGUUGUUGUAAUGGUGUGGGCCUAUGUGUAAUGCAUUCAACACUGGAAACCUGUGCUCAUACAGAUAUUGUAUUUGGCUUGUUUCAUCAUCAUCAUCAUCAACCUUUAUUUUUACAGACUCUUGGUCCAUUCAGAAGGCACAGACAUAACAUGCAACAAUACA